AUGGCCGCGGCGGGGACGGAGCUGCCCGGCGGCAACGCCAGCGCCAACCAGAGCGCCGCCGACCCCGCGGUGUCGCGGGACGUGUGGAUGGUGGGCAUGGGCAUCCUGAUGUCGCUGAUCGUGCUGGCCAUCGUCUUCGGCAACGUGCUGGUGAUCACGGCCAUUGCCCGCUUCCAGCGCCUGCAGACCGUUACCAACUACUUCAUCACCUCUCUGGCCUGUGCCGACCUGGUCAUGGGGCUGGCCGUGGUGCCCUUCGGCGCCUGCCACAUCAUCAUGGAGAUGUGGAAGUUUGGGAACUUUUGGUGCGAGUUCUGGACCUCUGUGGAUGUGCUGUGUGUCACGGCCAGCAUCGAGACCCUGUGCGUCAUCGCCGUGGACCGGUACUUCGCCAUCACCUCCCCGUUCAAGUACCAGAGCCUGCUGACCAAGGGCAAGGCGCGCGUGGUCAUUCUGGUGGUGUGGGUGGUGUCGGGCCUGACCUCCUUCCUGCCCAUCCAGAUGCACUGGUACCGGGCGGACCACGAGGACGCCAUCCGCUGCUACCAGGACGAGAUGUGCUGCGACUUCUUCACCAACCAAGCCUACGCCAUCGCCUCCUCCAUCAUCUCCUUCUACCUGCCCCUUGUGGUCAUGGUCUUCGUGUACGCCAGGGUCUUCCAGGUGGCCAAGAAGCAGCUGCGGAAGAUAGACAGGAGCGAGGGGAGGUUUCACACCCAGAACAAGGAGCAGGAGCAGAAAGGGGGAGCCGGGCACCGCCGCUCCUCCAAGUUCUUCUUGAAGGAGCACAAGGCCCUCAAAACUUUGGGCAUCAUCAUGGGCACCUUCACGCUGUGCUGGCUGCCCUUCUUCAUCGUCAACAUCGUGCACGUCAUCCAGGACAACAUCAUUCCCAAGUACCUGUAUAUCCUCUUGAACUGGCUGGGCUACGUCAACUCUGCCUUCAACCCCCUGAUCUACUGCCGGAGCCCCGACUUCAGGUACGCCUUCCAGGAGCUGCUGUGCCUGCGCAGGUCUGCCCUCAAGAUGUACGCCAAUGGCUACUCCAACAGCAACGGCAGGAGUGACUACAACGAGGAGGACAACGGCUACCCCCUGGCCCCGGAUAAAACCUGCGACCUGCUCUGCGAGGAGGGCUCCUUCCCUCGCCCCGAGGUCUUUUUGCACGGCAAAGAGAUCCCUGGAUGCCCAGGAAUGGUGGAGAGCUGAAUGAGCCAGCCUCUGUUCCUCACCACCCUGAGCUGUGAGGGCUCUGCAGAGAUGGAGUGGGAGCACAGCCUCGCUUCCCUGAGCCAGGGGAUGCUGUGGGAAGUGACUGCCUUGGCAAGGUCCUCAUCCCAACCCAUCACCCACCACGCAGCACCUCCAGGAGAAGCCAGGCAAGGACAACCAAGGGACCAGGAGAGGCUCUGAGAGCCUUGGAGGACACCAAGAAGCCGCAGGAGCUGAAGGAGGGGGUGUCCAAACCAUGACAGAUGUGCUGAGGGCUUUUCCCCUUGGGAAAGCCUUCCCAAAAGGGAGCACCAGGCCCAGCGUGGGCUCCAGCUGGUUUGGAAGAGGCACAGCCAGGUCUCAGGGCCAGGCUAGGAGCCCAGCAGGACGUGUCCUCUGCUGGGUGGGGAUCCAGGUACAACAGGAAUCUGCCCAAGACCAAGAGAGAGGAGCAUGGAAGAUUCCUUUGAUUUAUUCUGUGCUUGUUUCUCCUUCUGGGGUCUUCUCUGUCUACCUCUUCUCCUCUAGAGAGCACGGGGGGCCCUGACUGUCACCAAGGAGCAGGAGGAUUGGCACAGGGCAGGAAUGGGGCCUUUGUUCUCUCCUUGCUCCAAAAAACCUCCAACUGUCCUGCCUUGGAAAGGCUGGGACCUGGCAAUCCUUUUCCUUGCAGGAAGUCCCAUUUCAGCAGGACCAGCCACCCUUGGGAACCAAGAUUUCCCACCUGAGGCUCAGAACCUGCCAGAACAUCCAUCCCUCUCCUGCAGCUCUGGGAAGGAGCACACCGAGCUCCUGACUUUGGAUUGUGGAGAACUCACUAAGCAGAGGAAGAGAUGGAGGCACCUAUGGCCUCAGGCAGGAAACAGUAGGAAAAACUGGCUGGAAACCAUAAAAAACAUGCACCUUGGACUGGCAGGUGAUGGCCCAGCUGCAGCUCUGUGGUCACUGAGCUGGCCCAGCCCUGGGCAGGACAUGCUGGUACUGAACUGUGGGAGCCCCAUCUCAGACCUUCCCUCUCGGGCUUCCAGCUACAGACAUAACCUUUCCCCCCCAGUGCAAUCCUAUUUAUUUAUUUAUUAUCUUGCUGCUUGAUGUGAAGCUGCUAAAGGAGCCCCCUCCCCACAAACAGCCAGGCCUGUGGAGGGCCCUGAGCAGAGGGGCAGGACCCAGGGACACCUCCCACCUCCCACCCACCACACCUGGAGUCACCUCCUGCUGAAGGUGUCCUGCAGUGGGGGGGGGUUGGACUUGGUGGUCUUUGAGGUUCUUUCCAAGCAAACCCACCCUGUGGUUCUGUAAGAUCUGAAAAGGAGGUCCCAUCCCUGGAGGUGUCCAAGGAUGUGUGGGAUGUGUCCCUGCCCAUGGCAAGGGGUGGAACUGGGUGAGCUUUAAGGUCCUUCCACCCUAGGAUUGAAUGGACAGGGGUUGGGCACACGAGGGAAGAGGAAAAUCUGAGACCAGGACUGCUGUCCUGGGGUGAGGAUGCAAUGUGGAUCUUUGAAGGACUAAGAGCAAGCUGGGCAGAGCUUUGUUGGGAAGGACAGAGGCUGCAGGAGCUCAGCAGUGCCCCUCCAUCCUGACUUCCUUCGGCAGGACCAUGAGAGUUGCUCACCUGGGGGCUCUCAGGUGCCCUGCUGCUCUCCCACAGCUUUCAGGAUACCCUGAAAUCCCCAGGCACAGCUCCCAGCUGCCCCAGGAGCACCUGAUUUCUCCUUUCCCUCUGAAGAACCCUGCCAAGGCUUAGUCCAAACCUGCUGAAGGGAGAUACUUCCCAACAAAAACCUGCUCAUCAGAGGAUUCCUGGCUCCAGUCCCUUAUUCUGUCCUGGAAACAUGGCCCUUGGGGCUGUUUGCAGCUUAGGGACGUGCCUGGGGCUGUGGCAGAUCUCUCUCUCCCCAGUCCCUGAUGUGCCAGAGGAAGGGAUGAACUCCAAUCAACUGCCAGCCCAAAGGCAGGGACCUGCUUUGCAGAGCUGUCCAGAUCCAUCUGCCUGCCCCUUCAGGCCUGUUCCAUGAUCCCAUCCUCUGCUGGGUCUGUUUCUGAGCUCCCUGACCCCGGGGUUACUGUGCUGUCCCCUGGGAGGUGGCUCCGUGCUCCACAGCAGGAGCUGCUGGCAGUUUCCCACCUGUGUUUGCUCCUGCAAACUUCAUUCCAUUUUCCCUCCUGCUGCUCCUCAAGCACCUGCUGUUCAUGUUCUCCUGCCACCUCACCAGGGCCCCCCUUCCCCUUCCAAGGCCCUUCCUGGCUCCCUGAUUGCUGCUGUUCCCUGUCCUGAGCCUGGUCAUGAAUGAGGAGUCCAAACCCAGCCCUGGAGCAGCCCCUGGCAGUGCCCAGCCCCUGGCAGUGCCCAGCUGCUGCUCCCUCCCUCCUUUGGGGUGCAGGGAAGGGGCAAACAGAGCCAGAAUGGAUCAGUGUUGGCACUGAGCACUCGUAUCCCAAAAUAUCAGGAAGGAAUCCUUCCCUGUGAGGUUGGGGAGGCCCUGGAAUGGAUUUCCCAGAAAAGCUGUGGCUGCUCCAUCCCUGGAAGUUUCCAAGGACAGGUUGGACAGGGCUUGGAGCCACCUGGGAUAGUGGAAGGUGCCCCUGCCCAUGGCAGGGGUGGGAAUGAAAUGAUCUUUAAUGAAUUAAAUUAUCUUUAAUGAA